GAAUCUCUUGUGAGAGCAAAUUCAGAAAGACAGAAGGAAGCACAAGCUGGAGCAAGCAAGGUUUAAAGCUGUUCACUGAAUAACUAGCACAACACAGCCCUCAUCAACCAGUUUGAAUUUUACGCAAGAGAAAGUCUACUGAGCUCUCUUUAUAUAAAUACCGUUCGAAUCUAACAAGUGCGUUAUGAAGGGAAUCAGUGUCCUAUUGUUUUGUGUAUUCGUUUCAUACACCUCGGGUAAACAAGAUGUCGCUACCAUCGAUCUAAGGAGAAGACAUCAUGCACAUAGGAGGAAUACAAGUAACGAAGACACGACACCUUAUGUUCCAUGUUCAACGGGGGUCUGCUACUCUUACAACUAUGUAAAUCGCCCUUUUUGCUGCUCUGGUUAUUCAUGUGAAUGUAAUUUUAUAUUUAGGUGCUCUUGUAAUUCAAAAAAUAUGAUCCAUGAGGCUAAUAACGGUUUAUGCCAAACUGUAAUCGCUUUCCUGAUUUUUCUUGUAAAUUUACCAUCUUAUUGACGUUCUGCUCUGGUGAAUCUUGAGGAUGCAAAUACAUACGUUAGACUGUUUUAUACGAGGGGAAAAUCAAUGAGAUCACAAAAACAAACAAAGCAAAGGGGGCCAGACAAGCAACAAAAGUAAACUCAACUAUGACAAGAACAUCAAUAAGCGUUGUUGCUGUUACUGAUGCUGCUUCUCUACAUCCUCCUACUACUCCUACUCCCUCUACAACUGCUACAACUACAACUAUUAAUACUACUACUACUACAUUUUCAAUUUUGAAAUUUAAGAAAUCGUCAAAUCCUAUCACAGUAGAAAUCUAUGAAUAAACAUCAAGAGACAUAGUGAAAUAUAGAAUGUUAACGAACAUUAAUGAUUUUGUAAUUUUUCCUGGAAAGAAAUUCACGUAUGUUGCACCAAGAACAGAAAUGGUAAAAGAAGAGAAAGUCUGUAAACCAUAAUCUACAACUAUGAGUUUUCUAACAACCCUAAAUUAAUACGACCAACGUAUUCAAUAUCUAAUAUAUUUAUGCUAAUAAUACGUCAAAUUUUAUUGAAAUCUCAAUUAAAUAAAUUUAUUUAACAAUGACAAAUACUUAGUGAUUCACUC